AUUUUUUUACGAUCAUUUUUAUCAGUACUUAUUAUUUAACCUUUAAUUUUAUUUUCGUUUCUGCAAAAUUCAAUUAAUGCGACACUACACUUUUCUUACACUUCUUCUAAAAAAAAAUGUCAAUAAAAUAAUUAUUGGGCAUUUUUAGGACAAAGGGAAAAGGCCAUAGAACAUAGAAAUAAUAUGUUUAAGUUCAUUAUAAUAAACCUUGUGUCAACCAAUCGCGGAUCGAUUUUGAUUUUCUCAACUUUUGGAAAAAGCGCGUGAUAAAAAUGUUUAUAAGUAAUGAAUUGCAAAAAUAGCCGUUCAAUGUUUUUAAGAAUGUGAUUUUUUUAAACGCAACAUUGUUUAAAUUCAGUGAAUAAACAACAAUGGCAGACCAUCAGGAUUAUACUGAUAAUCGUGUGCAAAUAAAAACAAUAAGAGAAGGAGAUUAUCUAUUGAUAGACUUAGUGAAACACAAUUCUCAUCUUUACAAUAAGGAAUUGAAGGAUUUUAAGGAUAUUGAAAAACGAGAACAGACUUGGCACGAAAUUGCUGGCUCUUUAAAUAUUUCUGUUAACGAAUGUCAACAAAAGUGGGUGAGGCUAAGAGAAAAGUUUUCCAAGGAAAAAAGAAUACAAGAGGAAUUUGAAAGAACCGGAAAUAAUAAAUUUAAAUUAUCAACUUGGCCGUUUUAUGAAGAAUUACGAUUUCUCGAACCAUUCAUCAAACGGAGAAACGUCUAUCAUAAAUCGAAAAGUCUCGACUCGAAAUUAAUGAAAAAUUCAAUAAAUGAAAAUGUGAGUACAACACUUUUCAAUGGUCAAGCGUUCACGCAAAUAAAGCCAAUUUCAACGACUGGAAAUUUACAACCAUUAGACUUUAAACCAAGUAAUUUAUCAUUUGUCCAAGUGCCAAAAACAGUGAUGGUUCAACUCGUUGGUUCGAAUCAUCAAAAUCAAAAUAAUUCAGUACCAAUAAAAUCAGAGGCAUUAAAUGUCGGCACAUCAUUGCCAAGUAAUGUUGAGGUUGUUUAUCAAAAUGAAGAAACAACAUCGGAAUCAGGGACUUCGAUAUCGGAGAAAGUUGAGAAUUCCACUAAGAGACAAAAAAAACGAAAACGAAAAUAUGACGAUUCAACGGAAAAUAUUAUUACAAAUAUCACAUCUGUUAUUCAAAGGUAUCUUGAAACGUGUAAGAGAAAUGAAGAUGCCGAUGAAAUAUUUGGUAAACUAGUCGCUGGUGAAUUGGCAAAGAAAAUGGAGCCUGAAAAAACGAGACUGAAAAAAUCGAUUAUGGAAAUUAUUUGGAACGAUGAUUUCGAUAAUAAUGAACAAUAUUAUCAUUGAAAUUUACAUUCAUUUCUUUUAAAAAAUGAUUUAUUUUUCAUCUUUAAAUUUCAAUGAAAAGAAAAAUAAAGAAAAUAAUA